GCUGCGUGGCUGUGAAAUCGUUUCAGCCUGCUUCGGUCACGGAUGUGGAGCGAUAAGGAGCGACCGGUGGAAUAUGUAGAAGCGUUAGGGAAUAACCUAACUGGAUAGGCUCUCUCGACAAAAUACAUAUAUUGAAAUAUAGGCUAGGUUUUACACUUAUUCAUAUGCUGAGGUCGUUGUAAUAGCAGUUUUUUUCGAUAUUUUUUUUUUUUUUUUUACUAUUGAGAACAAAUAAUGUCUCAAAGAGUGAGAAGAAACGGGUCUCCGACAUCUAUGCCAAGCGGCGAAACCGGUGGUGGAGUCGGCGCUACAACUGGCGUCUCGGGAGCUUCGGGAGGCAGUGUGUUCAGUCGCCUCCUGCCCAUGAAAGCGACGGUUCCGUUCCAACUGAAACCGCAGAUACAGCCCCCCCUGUUGACCAGGUCUGUGCAGGGUACCGCUAGUGGAUGCAGUAGCCCCUCGCCCACCAACACCGGGAACGGUCAAUUCCACACUAGUGGAUGCAGCGCCAGCGAAGCACCUGAAACGCGCACGUCGACGUCAUUGAGUCGCAGCCCCACUCGUGCUGUUGUCAACUCAUCAUCAACAGCUGUUGUUCUGGUCUCCUCGCCAGCCACCACCCCUCUGUCUUCUCUGUCACCUCUGUCUCCUUCCAUCGGUUAUGCCUCGGGCGCGGUGGGACAGACCGGGACAGGGACACCCUCCUCCCCAUCCGCCAGAGUCAGCCCCCUCGCCAACACCACCGUGUCUGGUCACUCCGUUGCUGCAUCGGGGUCCAACUCCCGAGCCGCUCAAACACAAUCAACCCUCGCUCCUGUAGCAGCGUCAUCUCCACAACAUGUAACUUCCCCAGUGAUCUCACCUGCACCUUACGUCAAUAUUCACACCUACGGAUCUAGUAGUUUCAGUCUGGGUCCCCCCCCUGUUAACACCGCAGACGGCUCCCCCACCCAGCAGCUACACUGGCCGUCAGACUACCCGACCGCUUUACAGCAACAGCCUUUCUCGCCUUUUCCUCCGUCUUCGUCCUCUUUGUCAUCUUUUGGCGGUCAGACGGGCAGAGCGAUGCCCCAGGCAGCGCCACAGCGCUGGUCCCCCGGCCUGGAACAGAACCGACUGUCUCCUGGGAGAGUCAGCCCCAGCUCGCCAGAUGGAGAGAGACCCAAACCUCCUCCCCUAGCCGGCCUACCCUCCUGCUGCUCCUGCUCCAGUAUCCGCCGCACCUCCUCCCUGGAUCUUCUCCUGACUGGACCCUAUCUGACCGGUCACUGGCCUCGGGAAAGCAGCCAUGCCCCAUGUCAACCCUGCAUGAGGGACAAAGCCACUCAGACCCCCAGUGCCUGGGCAGAGGAGUUUGUGGAGAAGAGGAGGGCUUCUCACCAACGUUCAGCCUCCUGGGGAAGCACUGACCAACUUAAAGAGAUUGCCAAGCUGAGGCAGCAGCUCCAGCGCAGUAAGCACAGCAGCCGUCACCAUAGAGACAAGGAACGCAAAUCACCAUUCAAUGGGAACCAUGCUGCUCUCUACCAGGCUCCAAUCCCAAAGACUGUCCUGAUUCCCAUCAAGUCCUCUGUGUCUCGGUUCCGGAACAGUGUGGAAGGGCUGAACCAAGAAAUAGAGAGGAUCAUCAUCUGUGACGCAGGAGAGAGGGACGACCCCCACCAUGUCCCCGACGGACGCCGUGCCCCCCCACCGCUGUCCCAACGCCCCUCCUCUCCUUCAAUCAUAUCACAGUGCUACAGUAGCUCUGCUUUCCGCAACAUCAACACCCAGACACCCCAGGGUGGGAGAGGGGCCUGUGGAGGUGGAGCGGUCAGUAACAGCAGCCGCUCCGAGUCCGUCUCCCCCUCCUUCCUGACUGUCCCCACCGACACGGAGAUGAGAGGGGGAGACGGAGUGGGAGAGAGCCCCUUGCCUAAUAGUGAUGAGCUGCUAACGGACUGCAGAGAAAAAGACCUCGGGCCCAGCUCUCCGCUCCCUAAAUACGCCUCCUCUCCUAAACCCAACAACAGCUACAUGUUCAAACGAGAGCCUCCUGAGGGCUGCGAGAGAGUCAAGGUCUUCACUGAGGAAACACAGUCCAAGCCUCCCCAGCAGGUCCCUUGUCCUCUCCUGAGGUCCAAGAUUCCCCAGCAGGUCCCUCAGUUCCUCACAGGUCCAGACAGGAACAAGGUCAACUUCAUCCCCAACAGUGGCUCUGCCUUCUGCCUCGUCAGCAUCCUCAAGCCCCUCCUCCCCACGACCACCCAGGAGCUCAGCCUGAAGAGCCCCGGGACCGGGCCAAACCUUACCUUGUCCCCCCUCAGCACACCUCUUACUGGGGCUUCCCUCAGCCUUUCUCCCCUGACCCUGGACCAACAGACCAGCUAGAGUCCCUAUCAA